AUGGGUUCGACCACAGCAGGUACAAGUGAGGAACUCAUAAGGAAUGUGAUUGUGCAACAGAUUGCACCAUGUGAGUUGCCAUCAUCAUCUCGUUUACAUAUACUCAUUCUUCUUCUUUCCAAGAGUAGCCGCGUCCCCUCAGCAGUGGAGUACGCCAACGUGCAGCUGCGACCGAAGCCGGUACCCAACGGCAACAGUCCACACUGCCAUCCCAUGACCAGGCAUCAUACGCUCCAGGCUCUAUCAGCAGCUCCUACUCCGAAGCUGAUCUCGAACAAGGACUGGAAUGCAGGCGCGUCAGGCCACGAGGAAACCAGUUAA